AUGGGUUGCUUUCCUUGUUUUGAUUCAAAGGAGGAGGAAAAGCUAAAUCCCCAAACAGAGAGAGAUGAUCACAAGGAAGUCCAACCAAACAUUUCAUCCAACAUAUCAAGAUUGUCAUCUGGUGCAGAUAGGGCCAAAUUAAGAAGCAAUGUUGGGCCAAGGAAAGAACCAUCAGGACCAAAAGACGCACCUGUUGCUCAAAUUGCUGCACAGACAUUUACUUUUCGCGAGCUUGCUUCUGCUACAAAUAACUUUAGGCCAGAGUGUUUCUUAGGGGAAGGAGGAUUUGGACGUGUCUACAAAGGGCGGCUUCCCAAUGGACAGGUUGUUGCUGUUAAGCAGUUAGAUAGGAACGGGCUUCAGGGUAAUCGAGAAUUUUUGGUAGAGGUUCUUAUGCUUAGCCUUCUACAUCAUCCUAACUUGAUGAAUCUAAUUGGUUACUGUGCUGAUGGGGAUCAGAGGCUUCUUGUCUAUGAAUUUAUGCCCUUGGGAUCCUUGGAAGAUCACCUUCUUGAUCUUCCACUUGAUAAAGAACCAUUAGAUUGGAACACGAGAAUGAAGAUAGCAGCUGGUGCAGCUAAAGGUGAAAGAUAUUCCCCAAAGCUCUCCGACUUUGGACUUGCAAAACUUGGUCCUACAGGAGACAAGUCGCACGUGUCCACCAGGGUCAUGGGAACGUAUGGUUAUUGUGCUCCCGAGUAUGCCAUGACUGGGCAACUGACAGUUAAAUCUGAUGUCUACAGUUUUGGGGUUGUCUUCUUAGAGCUCAUCACUGGACGUAAAGCCAUUGACGGCACCCGGCCACAUGGAGAACAGAACCUUGUUGCGUGGGCACAGCCAUUGUUCAAUGACCGGAGGAAAUUUGCUAAAUUGGCAGAUCCACGGCUGCACGGCAAGUAUCCUAUGCGGGGUCUUUAUCAGGCUCUGGCUGUGGCAUCCAUGUGUAUCCAAGAACAGGCUGCUGGUCGCCCUCUGAUUGGAGAUGUCGUCACUGCACUUUCUUAUUUGGCAAAUCAGGCGUAUGAUACUAGUAUAGCUCCUGGGCAUAGCUACAGGAUUUCAGUGGACAAGGACGAUAACAGAAACAAAGAUGAGCGAGGUAGAAAAAUAUUGAGGAAUGAAGAGGGGGGAGGAUCUGGACGCAAGUGGGACUUGGAAGGAUCUGAGAAGGACGAUUCUCCAAGAGAAACUACGAAAAUGUUGAACAGGGACUUGGACAGGGUACGCGCAGUUGCGGAAGCUAAGAUGUGGGGUGAGAAUUGGCGGGAAAAAAGACGACAAUGUGCUCAAGGAAGUUUCGACGGCAGGAAUGGGUAG